GGACAGGGGCACCAGCCCCAGCUCGGGGACCCGUCGUUACCUCACGCAGCAAAGAAGUGUGAGCAGACGAGGGACACAUCAGGUGUGUGUCCGUGAGAGGCCCUGGCUGCCCGGUGCACCGGGACCCAAGGGGCUCAGAGGCCCCACACCCCAAAGAACCGAAAGCAGGGGCUGCGGCAGGUGCUGCUCGCGUCCGCCCAUGCCCAGGCCGCCCUGGCCACACCCGCCAAAAGGCGGGAGCAACCCGGGGCUCAUCGAUCCACGGACGAUGGGCAAACACGUCGUGGAAGAGUGUUCAGCCACAGGAAAGAACGAACCUCGGUACAUGCUACCACAUGGGUGAACCCGGAACGCGCUGUGCUGGGCACCAUGAGCCAGACGCGCAAAGUGAUCCGUGUUGUAUGAUCCCAUUUACGAGAAACCUGUACACUCAGCAAAUUCAGAGAGAAAGUAGAUUAGACACCAAGAGCUGGCAGAAAGGGGCAGAGUUUGGGGGGAUGAAAAAGCUCUGCACACAGGGGUGACAGUGGCACCGCAGUGUAAAUUCACCCACACACUGCAGGGCACGCCCGCGCUGGCUGGCGCUGCAGGUACUUGCCACGACCUGGGUGUGAGUGACAUGGCAGGCCAAACCCCGCCCACCUGUGGACUCGAAAGGGGCGAGUUGUGCAGUGUGUGAAUUAUGUCUCCACAAAGACAUAAUUUUUAAAAAAUCAAGCAACAACAAUGACACAGAGGUCCCGGGGGGUGACUCUGAGGCUGUGUGUGGGUGGCGCCGGCCGAGUGGGCGCAGAGAGGAGGGAAGGUGGGCAUGUGAGAGAGGCCUUUGGGGGGGUGGGCCUCGCAGUGGGGCCAGGAUGCUGUGGCGCUCGGAGGCUCCCCCCACUUCGCCCCUCAGCUGCUCCAUCAGAUUUUAGUUUCCGUCUGAUCUCUUUAGGAAUUUUGAAAUCAUGCAGGAAAACGAAGUAGCUCCAUUCGUCUUCUUCUCUGGAGCCCUCUGUGUCCCGACCACCUGGACACCUGCCCAUUUCUCUGCCUCCAAUUAUUAUACAAUCAAAUACCCACCCUUGGGGCACCAUAAAAACCUGUAGGACAGGAACCCGGGGCAGGUGAGCGGCCCUUCAAAGGAGGGGAAAGCCUCGUAAAAGCCACCUGGGGCAGAAAGGGCAGACACCUUCCCCACCAAGGUGCUUCCCCUUUCCCCAUGGGGCCGAAAACAGCAGAAGCGGGCGCAGCCCCUAGCUGUUCAGCAGUUACGGGGGCUGGAAUCGAAGUCUGGUGGAGGGUGGGCCGAAUACUGACAUGCUCCCAAAAUGCUCAUACUCACAGCAACGCUUAGACGCAGGCUGGCCAGGACCAGCCCCGCAACUCUCCGCAAAAGAAACACGUGGAGCCCAGAGUUUGAGAACGACCCAGGACUUCAGGACGGUGAUGGGAGCAUCGUUACCUCCUGCAGGGGCUCCCUGAGCAUGGAUGGCAUCUUGAGCCCCGCACAGGCCACAGGCCCAGGGUGCUGGUUCCGACGUGAAACCCACCGAGACUGCAGAAACGCUGGCACUGGGGAGGGACGCCCAGAGACAGUCACAUGAGAGGUUCCUCGGCUGGGCGAGGCCACCACUGGGUGGUCAGGCUCCUUCCUGCUGACGGGCCCAUUCUAUGGGGGAGAGGCGUCCUUGCCCGGCAUCUGAAGGACACUCGUAACCCUCAGGUGGACUUGGGCUCUCCGCGGUUCCCGUUAACCGCGAUUGGCCGCAGUCUGAAAAUAUGACAUGGAAAAUUCUGGAAACAUUCACAAGCUUUACCGUGUGUGCCAUUCCGAGCAGUGUUGCGAUGAAAUCUCACACCGUCUGCGCCCUCCCCUGGCGGGGAGUGAAUCGUCACGUGGCCCGACGUCUCCAUGCAGUGUGGAGACACGAGAGAGAGACCACAUUCACAUGCCCUUUGUCACAGCAGUGUCACAGGUCUUCUAACUCAUUACCAGUUUUUGUUGUCACUCUUGCUGUGCAUAAUUGACAGGUGGAAAGUCACCGCCGGUGUGCGCUAGUGAGAGGAAGGGUCUGCAAAGCGUCGGGGGGGGGGGGGCUGCGGUUUCAGGCCCCCACUGGGGGUCCGAGGAUGAGUCCCCUCAGAUAAGGGGGGUGACUGUAGGUGUCGUAUUUUCAUGUCUUCAUUCCCACCUUUUUUUCUUUCGAAGCAACCCUGUCCCACCUUCCCAGCUCUCAGCCCCCCCGCCCCCCUCCCAGGCCUACUCGGGAAGAUGCCCCUGUGCCGGUGUCUGAACCCCAGCCCUGCGCCUCUCCUCUACCGGCGCCGUCCAGAAGAAGAAUGCAGCACGCACAAAUUUGGGGGGUUCAUGGAGCACUGUGGGUGAUUCAGCCCUGGUCCCCGGAAGCGUUCAAGUGCGAGUGUGCCCCGCGACCCCUCUCCAGCUCGCCCCCCGCCCUCACUGAAGCGGAAGCUGCGGAAGCUGCGGGCCUCGGUGCCGGCUUCCCUCCCUCAGCCCCGAGCCCUCCAGGGUCUGGACUCUCCUCCUUUUGAAGGGCGAGUGAUUCGGGCCCUGCCGGUCCCCGAAGUGCUGGUCUCACCCAGAAUCAGGGAAGGGGAGGGGGUCAUGUCUGUGUCCGGCUGGUUUCUGCUUGUUCGACACAGGUAAACAGCCCUCGGCGGGAGCCUCUGAAGCGGGUGGGCGGUGGGAGGCCCGGACGCUGCACGGCGCCGCCGGGGGGAGCGGGAGCCUGCGCUUGGGGAGGACUCGGGGCGCACAGCCGGCCAGGGCGUGCCCCGGCAGCCACCAACGGCGCCCCCUGUGGGUGAGAAUCCUAGUUUGUGUCUCCCAAAGGCACAGGGCCCACAAAAUGCCCUGACCCCUCAAUUUUUAACGUGGUAGAAUAUCCAUAACAUGAAAUUUACCAUCUUAGUCACUUCAAGUGUCCAGUUUGGGGCAUUAAGUGCACUCAGGACGUUGUGUAACUGUCGUCACUGUCCCUCCACAGGACUUCUCCUUGGGGGGGGAGACUCUGCACCCAGCAAACCCUCGCUUCCAGUUCCCCCUCCCCCAGCCCCUGGGUCCCCCCAGCCCCUGGGGGCACUAUUUUCUGUCUUCCUAGCCUUGGCCGCUCUGUGGGCCUCAUAUAAGUGGAGUCAUGCAGGGUUGGUCCUCUCGUGACGGGCUCUGUCACUCACUACGAUGUCCUCCAGGCUCACUCACACCGUAGCAGGUGUCAGGGUUUCCUUGCCCGUUAAGGCUGAACACACUCCACGGUGUGUAUAGACGCUGUUUACCCGUUCACCUGCCGACGGACACUUGGGUUGCUGCCAUCUCUUGGCGAGUGUGAGCAACAAUCCAGCCAAGCUGCUGCUAUGAGCGUGGGUGUACAAAAACACUGUGAAUUUUUUAAUGAUAAUUUCCAAGGGAAAGCUUAUCAGAAAGAAAAGAAAACAAAUCAAAGUCCACCGAAGGAAUUCAGAAUCCACAGAAGUGAGUUUGAUUGAGGGCACAGAGCAGGGAUCCCUGAACCGUCUCGGUUCCCGGCGUCCUUGGUGUCUCGGGGAUUUUCCUAGGCAACAAGGCAGCACCACACGCUCUCACUCACGUGUGGGACCCGACACACAAAGGACACCGUGAACAAAAUAGGGACAGGUGUGGGCACACGGGAAGACUGGCAGCUGUCAGAGGGCGGGGCCGCUGGAUGAAAGACGGUAGAGGGAGCCGCCAAGGAACACAUGGGCAUAAACCAUGGCCACAGACCUCAGCGCGGUGAUGGCCAGAGGGAAGUGGGCAAAGGUGGGGGCAGAAUGGGGACACCUGUAAUAGAGCCGACAAUAAAAGUGAAGUAAAAAAAGAGACAAUAAAACAAAACAACAGAACCCCAAACUGUUACAUUCAUUAAGUAGUUAGAUCCAAAUGACUUAAUAAGUAUUUAUGUUCCAACAAUAGCUAUUUGAGAUAAAAUACACAUAAAUAGAGAGAAAACAUAUUUUUAUUUUAUUCUUAAAUCACCUAAACCAUUCACUAAUGGGGUGUGUGCAGCCAUGGUGCACGUUGCCAUCUCUCCACCCUGAAACCAAAUGACACCAGCACCUCCAUUUCUGCAGGAAGCUACCGACCGCACCAUUAGUUUCCUGCUGAGUUUUGGUGCCACUCUGUUUUCUCCCUUCUCAAACUUUGUUUUAAUUGUUCUCAAAAUUCUGCAACAUAUUUUUGGUCAAAGUGUUUCCAUUAAAAGUUUCUUGUUUUAAAAACAAAUAACUUGAAACUCUCUCUCUCUCUCUCUCUCUCACACACACACACACACACACACGAAUGGUCCACAAAGGUCUCCCUUCCUUCCGCAAGUCUUAAAUGCAUUAUUGCCAUUAGCCAGUUCCUACUACUCAGCUUAAAUGCCCAUGUGGGACAUGCAGUUCUGAGACCGUUCCCCACCUGCUGAUUAGCACUUCACUCUGUGUUCCAUCCCAAGUCCUUCACAGUCCUUUCCCUGAUGCUUUCCAAAGAUUACUUAGCUCUCCCCAACACCCUCCCCCACCCAACGCUUACUGGAUUUUAAAAAGCCCAUCCUCUUACUAUCAAGGACUGAUUUUAUCGCUUGCUGACUGGAGGACAUGGUCGGUAUGCUGUUGAUUUUUUUGGGGGGGGAAUUUAUUGGGAUCUCCUUUGUGGCCUAGAACAUAGUCUAUUUUUUAAAGUUUUUAAAAAUUUAUUUCCCUUUAGAGGGGAAGGGAAGGAGAGAGGGAGAGAAAUAUCAAUGUAUGGUUGCCUCUCGUGCAUCCCCUCCUGGGAACUGGCCUGCAACCCAGGCAUGUGCCCUGACUGCGAAUUAACUGGGAUCCUUUGGUUCACAGGCCUGAGCUCAAUCCACUGAGCCACACCAGCCAGGGCGAACACAGUCAACUUUUAUCGCUGUUCCGUGUUAUUUAAAAAGUACAUGUAUCCUGUCUCUGGGCGUAACGUUCUCUCAUUAUUGAUUGAUAGAAUACAGUGUUACUCAAAUUCUCUAUAUUUUCUUAUAUUUCUAAUGAUGAAGACGUUAGUCCAGUCUUUGCAAUAGCUCUGGAAUUUGUCAUUGGUGUCGUGACGUCUACUACGUUGAGUGCACUUUUGCCCUGUCUUGCUGUUUAAGGAAUAAGACCAUCCUGGUCUGAGACGACUCGUUUUGAGUCUGUUACGGUGGGCGGGACGGCGGGACACGCAUGGAAACACUGCGCUCUGUGGACUUGGCCCUGCAGGGUCCACUCCUCUUUUCCAGCCUGUGGACACUGUGUCCUUCAGUGCAGUCCAUGUGACUGUCUCCGAAAGUACACUUCGUCCUCCUCACUGCUGAACAAGCAGAAAAUGGAACUGUUUUGACUUUGGUAAACAUUUGCUACACAGAAACUUUCACCUCUAGAGACAUUAAAAGUGGCCCAGAACAGGGAAGGGAACUGCACACCUCUCCCCCGCAGCGUGACCGCAUCAGCACGCACAGAGAACGUGGCGAGAACCCCGAAGAGAGCCCCGUCUUGUGUGACGCAAUGCCUACCUCCCACGUUUUCAGGGUCCACGAUGGGUGACGUGCCUUAGCAGGAACUCGAUAUGGGCUCUGAUUGAGUUUCUCCUUUUAUCUGUCCAGAACUUGCAUUUGAACUUAGAAGACCGAGGUGGGAAUAAGUCAACACUGACAUGUAACACGUGUGAUGAGGAGAUGAACCGGGCGUCUAUCAGAAGGUGCGCACCACCCUUGGCUUGUUUACUCCAGUCCAGGGCCCAGUUCACAAGCUCAUAGACACAAACACCUGCAUCCCGAGGCUUCCUGACAGCAUUGCAAAGGUCAGCUUACCUUUUUGGAUAGACCGACAUUAACUGAGCUCAAGACCCAGGUCUGUGUGGUCAUUUCUUUCAUUCAGCCAAUACUCACAGAGCCCCUGACGGGCAGCCCUGUUCUAGGUGGUGAGAACGGAGCACUGAACAGUGUUGUGCCAUCUCAGGUGCACGUUCAGUACAAGAGUUUGACAGACAAACGGCUGCCAUCGCCAGCUGGUGAGAACAGCAAUACGGGGAAGUAGACACGGGUAAGAAGAUUCAGAAUGUGAGCCCAGGAAGAAGAGCCCACGUGAAGUGACUGGGAGCCCCCUGAGGUCCGGGCAGAGUUUCAGAGGGGACAGCACGGGGACCGGCCCUCAGGUGGGUGCCUACUUAGACUGUCCUGGCAGCGAUGAUGUCUACCUUCAGUAGGCCAGAACGCUCUGGGUCCCCUGUGCCCAGGCAGGUCUUUCCUGUAGACAGGCCUGUCCCUGUGCACACGGUUGGUGAGCCUGCAUCAGAACAAGGGGGUGGGCGAGCUGCAGCAAGCCAACUCAGCCCGAGCACCCUGGGCACUUGUGAGCCACGCCCCGUUGGCUCCGUCACUCGCUCAGGCCGGGAAGGGCACUGACAACCUGCCUCUACAUCGUAGGGUCCCCUGGGUGAGCACCUCCAGCACACAGCAGCUGCGUCGCACUGGCGAGCUCCCUCACCCUCUGGAAGGCUUGGUAAGGAGGGUAAUUUGCCCAAAGUCACACAGGCGGGACCUGGAUGCAGGGCUUUGGAGUGCUUCCUUCCUCCUGCCAUGGCCUCUUGGGUCAGGUCCACCCUGGAUGAGAACUGGGUGGUGGGCAGUUAACCACAGAAGAGAACCAGAAUGAAGUCUCUCUCUUUACCUCUGAGAGCACUGUCCUCUGCAGCCCAGAUUUUGAGCCUGUCCCUGUCUGUCUCUUAACUCUGCUACAUGCCAUCAGCUCAUGCCUACAGGGCAAGUCCCUCUGACCCGCCUACGACACAGGCAUCUCCAUGGGUACGACAGUCAGGCCAGGCCAGAGGCUCAGGGUCCACACCAUAAGCUUCUUCUACAAGAUUCUGAAAUCCCAAGAGGCCCCACAAGGCCAUGUGCUCGGAUGCUCAUUACACACCCGUGUGCAGAGCACAAGAAGGAGUGUCCUGAAAGUGGAGGAGAGCCUGAGAGAGGACUGCAGGAACUACCAGACUCCUCAUCUAAGGAGCUGGCUCAUGGUCUACUGGAGCACAGAACCAAGCAUUGAUGAAGCCAUUAAAAAAACGCACAGGCCCAGUUUCUUUAUUCAUGUAUACCUCCAUGUUAUUUCAGAGCAUUUAAUGCGGCUCUCAAGUCAACAAGGUCUUGCAAAAACACCCAAUACUUUCCCCCGCACUGUCAAAGCCGUUUUUCACACAUUGCAUGGCGUUCUCAGCUCAGGGCUCCCCCGCGGUUAGGUAGGGCUGGCUUUGCGGUCCCCGUUUGAAGGACGGGACCUUGAACGUGGAGGCCGCCGCACUGUCCAACAGGAGCCGCGGCAGACAUCAGGUCGCUUGUUCCGUGCCUCCCACCAUGCACACUGAACGGGGUCACUCACGUCCUCCCAUCAGUUUGGGGGCGGAGGUCAGUCUGGUUCUGGGUGUGAGAGGCGCUGCAGAUCACGGUUAGGGGUGUGUGCACGACCCUAGGCCCCGGUUAGCCGGUGCAAGAACCUCCCGCAUCAGCCCGCCCGGCACUUAGCGGGGCUCUGACACCUCCUGGCCAACUCGUAGUGCCCCCAAGGGGCCAGGCAUCCCACCACGGGCCACGCAAGUUCUCCUAGGGAUACCGCUAACUGAGCCGGCGCUGCUGCUCCGGCGCGCCCGGCCUCGUGCCCUGCGGGAGCAAACGAUCCGGGUUCUUUCCGCCAGGGACUCGAGAGAGCCGCUGAGGCCGUAGGUUUAGUGCAGAAUCCGCUGGUCUCGAGCUGCUAGCGAGCCCGCGGGUGCAUUCCACAGGCCCCGCCCACAGCCCCGCCCACCGCAGACCCCGCCCCUUCCGCCGGGCCCCGACCUAGACCCGCCCCUUCCGCCUGCCAUUCUUCCGGGGCCCCCGCAACUUCCGCCAGGCUCCGCCCCUUCCUGCGCACGUGUCGGCUGCGGUCCUCACCUGCGGCCAGUGAGUCCUCGCACCAGGUCUGCAGGUGUGGAACCCGGCGCGGCCUCGCCCGCUGGCCAUGGGUGUCCCCAAGAGGAAGGCCCCGGACGGCCCAGACGGCGUGGCGUCCGCCGCGGGCGCAGCCAAGCGGACCCGCACCGAAGAGCUCACGGGCGUGCGCUUCAAGACUCAGCUGAAGGACCCGCAAGCCGCGGGGCCGGCCCUGGAAGCGUUCGUCUCUGUGGCCAAGACGCUGCCCCGGGAGGACGUGCACGACGUCGUGGAGGGCUACAUCAAGAUUUCUGUCGAGUGUGCGGAGGUGUUCCAGCUCCUGAGUGGGGAGAAGCGGCCGGAAAGUGAGAUGCUGUUAAUACUUCAAGCUUUCGAGGCCAUAUUGUUGCGGACGGCCAGCGACCUGUCUCACUUGCACACUGUGGGCACCAACAUUGUGAAGAAGCUACUGAACAGCCACAUGAAGCUCAUCUGUGCGUCCCUGUACGCCUCGGGCUACAGGAUGGCUCGGGCCUGCCUGAACCUCAUGGCCGCCAUGGUGACCCAGGGCCCCGAGGCCGCCAGGGACGUCUGCAGCCAUUUCGAUCUGAAUAACAAGACCUUGCACAGCCUGGUGACCAGGAGGGGUUUGAAGGGCAUGCACGACGUCCGCUUGGCCUACAUCCAGUUUGCCCUGGCCUUCCUGGUCGCUGGGGACGACAGCACCCUGCUGCAGGUGCUGGAGCUGAAAGAGUUCAUCCCUUGCAUUUUCAGCUCGGGCGUCAAGGAGGACAGGAUCUCUACCGUCAACAUGCUGUUGUCCACGCUGAAAACAAAGGUGGUUCACAACAAAAACAUCACCAAAACCCAGAAGGUGCGCUUCUUCACGGGGCAGCUGCUCACCCACAUCGCGUCGCUCUACGGCUGGAAGGGGGUUGUGGACGUGGACCUAGAAAACGCCGAGGCUUCUGCCGGGGAUGCGGGGAAGGCCGUGGUGAGGGAGCUGGUGCACGGCUUCCUGCUGGACCUGUGCUGCUCGCUCAAGCACGGCAUCAACUUCUACGACGCCUCCCUGGGCACCUCCGGCAGAGGAGGGAACCUGACGCUGCUGCACUUCCUGUUGGGUUUGAAGACGGCAGCUGACGACGAGCUGGUGGCUGAGCUGGUGGUGAGCAUCCUCAGGGUGUGCCCGGACCUGCUGAACAGAUACUUCAAGGAGGUCACGUUCUCCUUCCUCCCGAGAGCGAAGUCCACCUGGUCCAACAACAUGAAGCUCCUGAGCAAGAUCUACGAGGCCCAGCCGGACGUCUCCCGGGCGUUUCAGACCAGAGAGUUCGUCCCCCUGCCCCGCCUCCUGGCCAUGGUGAUGGUGACCACGGUGCCCCCGGUGUGCAACAAGAUCAUGUUCACCCAGGCACUGAACCUGGACAGCAAGUCGGUGAAGCACACGGCCUUGUGCUUUCUCUCCGCCGUCCUGAGGAGGGCGCUGAAGACCAUCGAGCACUGCCUGAGCGGAGAGGCCUGGCUGGAGCCCGGCGUGUACACGGCCCCGAUGAUGGAGGACUUCGUGCGGCUCUUCAGAGAAGCCCUGAGCAAGGUUUUACCAGACCUGAACACCAUCGUGUGGGUCUGGCAAUCCCUUGGCAAACAGGACGCAAAACCCAAUGAUGAGAAAGGAAAGACGCAGGGCAGCCGGGCUCCUGCGGCCUGUGCGGAGCCCUCCGAGGCGCCCUCCUGUGGCGACGCAGAGACCGUGCUUCUGCGAGCCGCCCUGCUCCAGGCCAUCUGCCUGUACCAGAAGGUGGUCCCGCACGUGGUCACGCAGUACAGCUUCGACUUCAGCAAGCUCCUGAGAGGCGCCGUCUCCGAGCAGGGCCUUCGCGAGCAGGUGCCCCCGAUCCUGCAGCACCACAUCCUGAAGGUGGCCCUGGAGCUCCCCGCCAGCAAGUUCGCGUGGCUAAAGGCACAGGAGGGCCCGGAGGCAGAUGUCGUCGGAGGGGAGCGGUCCGUGUUCUACCUGCUGAUGAAGAUGUUUGUGACCAGCACCCACCUGCAGCUGAAAUCGUCCACCAAACACCUCAUCGUCAAGACCCUGCGGGACACAGGCGUGUUCGAGCACACCUGGAAGGAGCUGGGGCUGUGGCUGGAGCACCUGGAGGGCACGGCGGACGACGGGCAGGAGGCUGUGAUUCGGUUUCUGGAACGAGUCCUGCUGACACUGGUGGCAAACCCCUACGUGUACACAGACAGAGCCUCGGACUCCGUCCAGGAAGCCAGCGCGCUGCAGGCCACUGCCGCCGGGCAGGACGCCGACGACGCCAGCAUCCCUGUCUCCCACAUCGACGACGUGCUGGACAUGGUGGACGUGCUGGCAGAGGGCAGCGAGGGCCUGGACGAGGAGGUCGGGUUCCAGCUGAGCGAAGACAUGGCCCUGCUCACGUUCCCAUUCAGCGCCGUGGUCCCCGCAGCCCUGGAGGCCAGGAAUAAGCUGCUCGGGACAGAAGGCGAAGCAGGAGACAGCGUCGUGGCGUAUCUGACAGCUGUGCUCACUGACAUCCUGCACAGCCAGCGGGACCCUCUGGCCCUGUGCCUCCUGCUUCAGGCGUACGACAGGUUCGAGCCUCCGGCCCCGCCCUGCUGCCCCUGGCUGUCCUGCUUCCACGGGUACUACAGUCUCUGGAUCCCUGAGCCCGCCCGAGAGGCCUCGCCGCUGCAGAUGCCGGGCAGCCCGGCCCCCCAGGGCCCCUCGGCCAGCUCCUUCGGCGCUCUGCUGCAGACGGCCUUCCAGAGCGAGGGCGGGCUGUUGGACGAGGGGGCUCAGGCAGAACUGCGGGCUGCCAUCUGCCGCCUCCCCAUGCACCACGUCUUGCGCUCGGUGACCCACGUGCUGCUGUACCUGCGGAGCACCGUGGAGCGCUUCGGGCAGCUGGGCCGGAGUGCGGGCCCCGCCGUCCUGCAGCUGCUGCUGGACCUGCUCCGGCGCCUGGUCCUUCACUGUGCACAGCUGGAUGCCCAGAACCGGCAGAAGUGCGAGGCUGUGCAGGCCGAGUCCGAGCUGUUCCUGGACAUGGAGUCUGUGGCCUCCCUGGAGCUGGCUGGGGACCAGACGCUGGAGGAGGUGCUCAUGGCUGUCCUCAGACACCCCACGUUGGAGGGCUGGUUCCUGGCCCUGGAGCGGCAGGCCCUGCCCCCACACGCCCUCAGCCCCGUCCUGGUGAAGCUCCUGGCAGCGGGCCUCAGCGCGGGUGUCCUGCAGCUGCUGGUGGCGAGCGCCCCCAUCCUGCAGAGCCGUGGUCGUCUGGACCUCCUGGCCCGGUACUUGGAGGCCGUGACCCAGACCGUGCUGAAGGAGCUGCGCAGCAGGAAGGCGGGCCCAACUGCAUCGCUGCCCAAGACCCUCCCGCAGCUGGAGGCCCUGCAGGGGCUGCAUGUGUACAUGGAGGGCGCCCAGCUCCGCGAGGUCACCCUCGCCCUGCUGCGCCUGCCCGAGGCCCACCUGGUGGCCCACCCACCCACAGAGUCCCCUGGGAAGGAGAGACGCUUGAGUACCCUCGGCAGGACUCUGGUCCAGCUGUUGACCAGCAGCCCGCAGGGUCAGCUGCCGAACAGCGAGCUCCUCUGGACCUCUGCGUACGUGCGAGGCUUGGGGGCUCUGCUCCCCACGUUGGCCGUGGGUGAGCUGGACGCCGUGUUCCUACGGACUCUGCAGGGGGCGCCUGAACUGGCCUCCACGGUCAGGGCCGACCUGCUCGACUACUGCCUGGCCCGGCGGACACAGGUGACCCUGGGCAUCGCCACCCUGCUCGUGCCGCGGAGCUGGGCCCACCUGUUGCGCUUCGAGCUGUGGUGCAGGCGGCCGGGGGCAGAGCUCCGCCUGCGGGAGGGCCUCGAGGACUUCCUCCCCCUCGUGCUCGCGUACCUCCAGUGCCGGACCCGGGGAUGCUGUGCACGCCCAGCAGGAGUGCCCCCCGCCGUUGCCCCCGUCCUGAGGAAGGCCCUGUGGAGGCCCCUGCAGGCCAGGCUCCUCAGCGCCCAUGGGCCCCAGGGGUCAGGGCUGCACCCCGAGGUCCUGGCCCAGCUGGUCCCAUUCGCGAGAGCCAAGGACCUCCGCGUCCUGGCAGACCGCCUGCCCAGCUCACUUCGGACCCCUGGCAGCCACGCGAGCUGGACCGUGGCCGACUCUGUCUCGGCCGCCCUGGAGGGCUCCGCAGAGCAGCUGGGAGCCUGGAGCGAGGCUCUGCUGCCGUCCUGCCUGAGGUGGCUGCUCGGGACCUUCGGCGGCCCCGCGCGGGACGGAGACGGCGCCCCCGAGGGAGAGAAGCAGAUGCUGCUGAGGCUGAACCAGCUGCUGAGCUCCCUUCAGGAAGUGGACCCCGACGACUGGCAGAGGUUCGUGAAGACCGGACUCAAGUUCCGGUACCAGGACCCCGAGUUUCUGGAGGCCCUCCACGCCGCCGUGCAGCUCCUGUACCGUCCCGAGAGCCCCGUGUGCGCGGGGCUCCUCCCGCUGCCGGCGGUCCACGCGCUGCUCACCCAGCACUCCCUGUUCCUGCCCACCCUGCUGGAGGCCGAGGAGGGCGACCCCGACCGCCGAGUGAAAGAGGCGCUGGUGGACCUGGUGCUGGGCGUGGUGAGGCUGUGCCCAGCCGUCUGCGACGGCAGCCACUUCGCCGUGCUCCUCGGGGCCUACGGCGCCUCUCUCAGCGUCCUGGACCAGAAGAUUCUGCUCCUCCUGCGGGCCUACGAGCAGAGCGGCCUCAGCCUCACCAGCUUCAGGGUGCUGCUGUGGGGCCCGGCGGCCGUGGAGCACCACAAGACGUGCCGGAGCCUGGGCAAGUCGCUGUGGCAGCAGCCGAGCGUCGGGGACGUCCUCCGCCUCCUGGAUCGGGACCGCAUGAUGAGGACCAUCCUCCACUUCCCCCAGAACCGGAGACUGCUGCCCCCCGAGGAUGCGCAGGACCCGCUGUUCGCAGACAGCAGCGCCGUGGAGCUCGAUGGCCUCUAUGACCCCUGCUUCCUCCUACACCUCUUCAGCGAGCUGACCAGGCCAGAAUUUGUGGUGGACUGUCGAAAAUUCCUGGACUCGAACGCUCUGGGCCUGACCUUCGCGGCCCUCAGCAGCUACGACCCCCAGAUGCGAGCCGCGGCCUACUCCGUCCUGGCGGCCUACUACGGGCAUGUGGAGGGGGCCCGGUUCCGGGAGCAGCCCCAGGUGCUGUACCUGCUGGACGUGGUCCGGGGUGGGGUCCGCACCCCAAACAUGAGGCUCACCUUCACGCUGGCCCUCUUCGCCGCCAAGGCAGCCCUGCAGGUGCUGAAACCAGAGGACCACAUGUACCUGAAGAUCAACAAGUUCCUGCUGUCGCAUGAGCACUUGAACAUGAACAAAGUCCCUGGCUUCUACCAGUUCUUCUACAGCUCCGAUUUCCAGCACAGCACCGAGCGGAAGUGGCUGCUCGGGCUUCUGCGGCAGGGGAUCCGCGACAGGCACUGCUUCCUGCUCUGCGCCCGGCGCGGCGUGUUCCACGUCCUCCUGUCCUUCUUCCACAGCCCACUGUGCGAUCAGGCGGCGCAGAACUGGGUUCUGGAAAUUCUCCAGAGUGCCGCCCGCGACGCCAGGUCUGCCUACGAACUGCUGCGAGACUACAGCCUCCUCACCUGGGCCCUGCACACCCUGGAGAGCAGCCGGUUCCUGGAGACCCAGCUGCUCUCCAACAUCAUCAGCCUGCUGCACACCCUGUGGGUGACCAACCUGGGGGACAAAGGGACAGAGCCGGGCAGCCAGCCACCGGGCCCACCCACGUCCCAGGAGCCCCCGAAGCUGCUGGCCCUGCACCUGGUCAACGAGUUCCUCUACGUCCUCACCGCACUCAUGAAGCACUUGAGGCCCGGCCUGGCCCCCACCCAGCUGGCCAGCUUCUUCCGGGCGCUGGACUCCGUGCUGAGGUACCGGGCCACCGUCAUGCAGGCUUUCAAGGACAUGGGCCGCUUCACCGUGAACGAGGCGGUGCUGUCCACCAAGGACGCCCUCGUCCUCCUGCACAAGUGGAGCCUCCUCGGGAGGGACGUUGCGCUCCAGGAGGCCCUGAGAGCCGCCGCGGAGAAAUCCCACGCCAGGGAGCUGCUGAAGAUGCUCAAGGACAAGAACAAGCCUGCCGUGCCAGCCCGAGCCAGAGGCCCUCGGGGCUGGAAGAGGAGGCCUGGGGAGGCGGAGGAGCCGGUGGAGGCAGCCGCCCCCGAGCUGCAGGCGUCCAGCCUGGAGACGUGCCGGGGUUUCCUGAGGUCCAUUCUGACCCACUGGGGGCCAGUGUUCCCCAGUCCUGGUGCCACUCAGGACCCCGGGGACCAGACCUCCCCGCAGAGCCAUGCCCCGGGCCCUGCGUACGCCAUCGCCUCCCUGGUGGUCAGCUGGGUGCUGCGGUCCGCGGCUGAGCACCCGCUCAGCAGGGCCGAGGCUGCCGGGCUCUUCCGCUGGCUUCAGAGCUACGUUGUGCCGCAGCCGCCGCUCGUGGCCGACCUGCUCAAGGACAGUGCGGUCAAGAGCAGCAUAUUCCAGCUGUACAGCCGGCUCUGGGGCGCGGAUGGGCUGGGCGACCCCGAGCAGAGUGUGGCCUGCCAGCUCAACACGGUCAUGCUGCAGCUGGUGGCGGCCCUGAGCCCCGAGGGGACACCCCUGCCCCCGGAGGUCGAGACCCUCCGCCUGUCUUCUCUGGACAGCGAGGAGGAAGCCACACGAGCCUCUGCGGCUUUCCUGCUGUCGCUGUACAUCAAGGACGUCUGGCUGGGGGCCCCGCAGCCGGGCACCCUCGCCGCCCAUGCCCUGAUGGUCUGUGAUGCCACGGGGGACACGCCAAGCGGUGACCAGGAGGCCGUUGUCAGGCUCUGCAAGGACAUCACCACCUUGACGCCAACGCAGAACGCCCUGCCGGCCGGGUUCUAGAAGUUCAGGUCGUUUUCCAUGGAAGGCACGCCAGUGACAAGCUUGUACAUUGACUCAGUUUCCUGACAGAAGUCAGCUUUAUUUAUUCCACCAGUGAGUGCACUCAAGGGACCGUGUGUGUGGUCAGCCUCCCGGUGGCCAGGGGCCUUUGGGGAUCAGUGGGGCCUCCUCUUGGCGGCUGGUUAUUCCUCAGAGGAAAUGGCCGCAGUGAACUGGGCGGGGCCCCAGCCCUGACAUCGCCUCGAUGACGUCCACACACGUCCGAGGGGAGUGUGGCUGGGGUCGCUCCGGCGCGUUGGUCCAUCAGGAGCCGUGAUGAAGCUUUGUGUGAGUCUUAAACAGACCACUGCCGAGGUUCCCAGCCGUCUCCUUAGGUGACAGGCUGCUCUGUCACGCCCUUGGGGGUGGCACUGACUCGACCUCUGCUUGGGGCAGCCAGGCUGCCUCCUCUAAGGUUGGGUCCCAAAGGGGAUUUUAAAACCUGAUAAUAAAUGUCUAUUUUUGUCAAGUU